GGUAGGAGCAGGUAGUUAUCACGCAGCUUUAAAACAUGGGAUGGGUUUAGCUCGUCGGUGUGGGAAGACACGAGAGCCCGGCCCGGCCGGACUGCAAGCCGCACGCGGGAGGUGCAGCGUCGCCGGGCUGCGGUGGACUUGGCUCGCCGGAAAGAGCCAGCGGAGCCAAAGCGUUUCUAACUUUGUUGCAGUUAAAAGACACCCCCAGGUUUCAUCACGUUCUUUCCUAGCUCUGUCCUUGACGUGAAGCACGCCUGUCCUCCCCGGCUCCCCGCGCGGCCAGCAAAGCGCCGCUUAAACCUCAGCUGCUUUGAAACCCCUGGGCAAACGCUCUUUUCUCGGUGGCUUUUGAGCAGAUCUUUGAUGCGGUCGCAAAACUGAGGGGGAGCGGAGUUUUGCCAAUUAAAGUGAACACAGGGUUUUUCGGACGAAGGAGUUUUUUACAUGGGGGGCUGCAAACAAAAUCCCUGCAACUGCGUGCAGCCGCUUUUGGCACACGUGGAAAUGUCUGGUGUAGUCGCAGCUAUCCAGUUCGAGGAUGCUUGGUCUCCUGCUGUAGAGUAGUUUGGGCAUCUGCCCCCGCGGUUAGUAGGAGAAGCAGAAACUGCUGCUGUCUGGGAGAAAACGCUUUAGCUCUCCUGUUUGGCCCUAGCUGCGGUGCUGCGCUGAGCCUGGUCGGCGUUCAGGAGUGCCGCGCAGAGACGUGAGCGCGCGUUCCCUUCACUCGCCUGUUUUUCCCUCUUCGUGCAGGAAGAGGAUUGCUGGCUGAAGACUGACCCCAGGACGCCGAGUCAGAGGUCGAGGGCAAGCUGGGUUUCCUUGUGAGCAGCCAACGCAGCGUCUGCAAGCGCUCUUCCCCGUGGGGGCUCCUGGAGGUGCCGAGGUGCUCGUUCAGACAUGGCAUUUCGAAGGACAGAGGGGAUGUCCAUCAUCCAGGCCUUGGCGAUGACCGUAGCGGAGAUCCCCGUGUUUGUUUACACGACGUUUGGGCAGUCUGUCUUCUCUCAGCUGCGGCUCUCUCCAGGCCUGCGUAAGGUGCUGUUUGCUACAGCUCUCGGGACAGUUGCCUUGGCUCUUGCAGCUCAUCAGUUGAAGCGGCGUCGGCGUCGGAAGAAACAAAUCGCUCCGGAGAAGUGCGGCGUUAAGCCUGGAGGGAUAACAGUGCCCAUCUUGCCAACCAGAAGGAUCUCUUCUGUGAAGAAAGGAUACUCCAGCAAGAGAGUCCAGAGUCCCGGCAGCAAGAGCAAUGACACGCUCAGCGGGAUUUCCUCCAUCGAGCCCAGCAAACAUUCCAGUUCUUCCCACAGCCUUGCCUCGAUAGUAGCAGUGAACUCGCCAAGUCCGACGCCGGCAUCAGCAGGUCCGUGGGAGGCCCAGGCAACGGGGGAUGCUGGAGCAGCUGGCGACUCCAGUGCAGAAAGCCUCUACGUUCAAGGCAUGGAGCUGUUUGAGGAGGCCCUGCAGAAAUGGGAGCAGGCGUUGACCAUCCGGCAGAGGGACAGUGCUAGUACCAGCACCCCGGUGCCCUGGGACAGCAGGAAACACCAAGAGUCCACGUCUGAGGACAUCCCAGAGGAGGGGUCCCAGAAAAGGGAGUUUGCUGAGAAGCUAGAGUCCCUCUUGCACCGAGCCUAUCACCUGCAGGAAGAGUUUGGGUCUUCACUUCCGUCAGACAGCAUGCUGCUGGAUCUGGGUGAGCUGGAGAAGACUCUAAUGCUUCCAUUGUCAGACGGGUCACUACGACUUCGGACAGAUGAUGAAGACAGCUCGAUUUCUGAGGACUCCUUCUUCUCUGCAGCAGAGCUCUUUGACUCUCUUCAUUUUGAGGAAAUACCGUUCCAUCUUUCUAAGCCAGUAGCUGCGUAUGAAGAAGCUUUGCAGUUAGUGAAAGAAGGGAAGGUUGCGUGCCGGACACUGAGGACAGAGCUGCUAGGCUGCUACAGUGAUCAGGAUUUCCUAGCCAAGCUGCACUGCGUCAGGCAGGCCUUCCAGGAGCUAUUGGAGGAUGAAAGCAACCAGCUGUUUUUUGCAGAGGUUGGGAAGCAAAUGGUGACAGGACUAAUGACAAAAGCUGAAAAGAAUCCCAAAGGCUUUCUGGAAAGCUACGAAGAGAUGCUACGUUAUGCACUGAAGCAAGAGACCUGGCCGACCACUCAGCAGGAGCUGGAGGGAAGAGGGGUGGUGUGCAUGAGUUUCUUUGAUAUUGUGCUGGAUUUCAUCCUCAUGGACGCUUUUGAGGACCUGGAGAACCCUCCCUCCUCUGUGCUGGCUGUGCUGCGCAACCGGUGGCUCUCCGACAGCUUCAAGGAGACGGCCCUAGCAACUGCCUGCUGGUCAGUUCUGAAAGCAAAAAGAAGGCUUCUGAUGGUACCAGAUGGCUUUAUCUCUCAUUUCUACUCCGUAUCGGAGCAUGUCAGUCCUGUUCUAGCCUUUGGUUUUCUGGGGCCCAAAGAGCAGCUAUCUGAAGUCUGCGCUUUCUUCAAGCACCAGAUAGUACAAUACCUGAAGGACAUGUUUGACCUGGACAAUGUGAGAUACACAACAGUUCAGUCACUGGCAGAAGACAUUUUGCAGCUGUCACGGCGACGCAGUGAGAUCCUCUUGGGGUAUCUGGGCACCGAGACCUCCCCUGAGAUGAAUGGCACGCUUCCCGGUGAAAAUGAACCGCUGAAGGAGCUCAUCUGAUGUGAAUCAGGGGAGGAAAAACAGUUUCAUAUAAGGACGUUUUUUCCUCCCACAAGUGGCUAAAACUACCUGCAACGGUCAGUGGUGGCAGCAAGACUUUCUCAACACACAGCAACCUGGUGGGACCGUCUGCUUUUUGUAGCCAGUAGUGUUUGCUGGGAUGGAUCCUGGACCACUUGCCAGCUUAUGGUUUGAAUUUCUUCUUUGUUCCACCUUCCUGUUCUUUUUUUAUUGUUAUUUUUGAUGUGUCAUAUGAACUAUGAACUGCCUGGGCCCAGAUUUUUGCCCCAUUUUCUUGAAUGGGGCAACAUAUGUACCCAUUCCACCUGUGCGUUAUCUGGGAGAUGCUUUCUGAUGUUUACGAUCACAUAGGGGAGCAGGAACAUCACUGGUAAAUUCUCCACUUCACCCUUAGGUCUUCAAAGAUAAUUUAAGGGGAUUUGUUUGCUUUGGGAAUUUUUAAUGUUAUUUCUCUGCUGUGUCUCUACAGACGUUACUGCUGAUUUUUACCUUACCUGUUUUAACACAUGCAAUGUGACUAGCAGAGAUUUCUUUUCCCAGGGAGGAAGAAAUACUUCUGUAAAGCACUGAAGUAAAAUGCAGACUUUUGUAACCGGCCUGAAGCUCUAAGGGAGUCAGUCUCUUCCCUCCGUGUUGCUGUUCUUUGCAGGCCAGAUGUCUGGCUCUGUACUGUGGUCAUCCGCACGUGGGAGACUGCUGAAGUCUGUGUUUGCUUCUAAGACAAACUAGUGUGAGGAGGGGGUGGGUUUGUAUCUUGCCUGUGCACGCACACAGUCUUUAACAUCCAUCAAAGUGCCUUGCUAUAUUUCAGAAUUGGCCAGUAACAGUUUUCAUGAAGUACAUAAGCAGAGGGACCUGGCAUAGAGCGGUGUCGAUUGCUGUUAUGCAUAAGGCAGUAAGAGAUGAGGUGGUUGGAUGUGAUGCACAAAAAGGAUUAUGUGUGCAGGUAGCUGGAGAGCUGGGGUCAAGCUGUUAGAGAGGAAACAACUUCUUAUGUAAUUUUUCUAUAGUAAAAAACAUGAUGUAAUUUUGGAUAGAUACCAAAUGCAGGCGUAGUAGGUCCUUGCCAUGCUGAGAAGGGCUCUGCUUAAAUAUCCUGAUACUGGCUUUAGAGCUGGCACCUGAAAGUUAGCUGCUCUUGAUCACGUGCUGAGUUGGAUGCUAGUGUAAGACAGCAGCAUUUGAGUGAGCUGGCCUUGAGGCCGUCCUGGGUUUUGUUUGAGAUUUGCAGUGAUAUGCUUAGUGCUCCGAUUGUAAUGCCACAGAUGAAGGCUGAGGGUGCUGCCUGUCUUUUCUCCUGUUUUUGUCCACAUAUGGCUCCAAAUCCCAGCCUCAGAUUGAGGAGGUAUUCAGGGAGAAGAGAAUGAGGGCUUUCACAACACUAAGCUUCACUUUUUUUCCCCAGUGAUUUGUUAUCCCUUGUGUCUUAUCCAACUAUGUUUGUCUGAGUGAAAAAUUUAAGAAUCUGGAGUUCCCGUAGAAGGGGAAAGUCAGUACGUGGACUUGGAGAAUAUAAAUCUUUUCUUUUUCCUUCUUCGUAUCUUUAGUGUGGAUUCUGCUAGUAAAAGGAGGAAGGAAAUAAGCAGGGAAAAAGUAAACAAGGAGGUGUGAAAUGAGUAGAUAAUACUCCUGAGACCCUUGCAAGAAGGGAGUGGAGCAGGCAGCACCUGCUGCUCUACAAGCACAUCAGACUGAUGCGGCUUAUCCUGAAUACUAGAUUAAUGCAAUACAUAAGAAAAUGGUGAGGCGGAAGUGAGGAACAGCAGUCCUUGGUAAGGCUUCAUGGAAUAAACUGCUAUGAGAAGGAUGUAAGGGAGGGUAUUGAAACUAGGAAAGGUUUCUGAGGUGUCUUGCUCCUGCCAUCAGGCAGUGAGAGAAGAAACGGAGGGUGUUGUAUUAGCAGGUCAUACCUGUUACAUGUGGACCGUGAUUCAAAAGCAUGUUAAAUUCUGAAAGCAAGUAACUUUGCCAAAAAUAUUUUGUAGUGCUUUGUGCUCUUGUGUGGCUGGUUUAGAAGAAAGAGCAACUUCAGCAGCUUUGUAUAGUGGUUAAGCAGAUGCUAAAAUGUGAAGAUUAAUGUAAUAAGCUGGAUUGUAAUUCUAAUGAAUCAAUGCUGUUCAUUUCA